UUGGGGAUUGUACUUGGAAACUAGAAAGGAGCACUUCACCCGUUUUCAUUCUGCAAAAGUUUAAAGCAAACUGUUACCAGCUGGUGUGUGUGUGCGUGUAUGUGUGUGUGAGUGUUCCCCCCCACUUUGGAUCCACUUCCAGAAAACACGCUUUUUACCAGUGGAGUCUGCAGAAGCUCAUGCGUAAAGACAGACACUCGUUCUCCAAAUCGGUUUUUACGCACACCACGGAGUAACGCGUAACAAACCGCCGUUUCUCCAGGCACCUCCAAAGACUUUGAACGCCUCAUUCUGGCAAAGUUCAGUCGCGUUUUGAGAGUUUUGCGUCUGUGAAAGCGCGCAGAGUCAGUCCUGUUUCACGCGUAAUUUGGCACCACACAGUUUUUCGUAUGAAUCUCCUCGAUCCUUACCUGAAGAUGACGGAGGAACAAGACAAGUGUCUCUCUGAUGCCCCGAGCCCGAGCAUGUCCGAGGACUCUGCGGGCUCCCCGUGCCCGUCCGGUUCGGGCUCCGACACCGAGAACACCCGGCCGUCGGAGAACGGGCUGCUCAGAGCGGACGGAAGCCUGGGCGACUUCAAGAAAGACGAGGAGGAUAAGUUUCCCGCUUGCAUCCGAGAGGCAGUGUCCCAGGUGCUUAAGGGCUACGACUGGACCCUCGUGCCUAUGCCGGUGCGCGUUAACGGAUCUACAAAGAACAAGCCUCACGUUAAGAGACCGAUGAAUGCCUUCAUGGUGUGGGCUCAGGCUGCGCGGAGGAAGCUGGCGGAUCAGUACCCGCACCUGCAUAACGCGGAGCUGAGCAAGACUCUGGGGAAACUGUGGAGACUUCUUAAUGAAGGAGAGAAGAGACCAUUUGUGGAGGAGGCUGAGCGGCUCCGGGUCCAACACAAGAAGGAUCACCCGGACUACAAGUACCAGCCCAGGCGGAGGAAGUCUGUGAAGAACGGACAGAACGAGCCGGAGGACGGCAGCGAGCAGACGCACAUCUCCCCCAACGCCAUCUUCAAAGCUCUGCAGCAGGCGGACUCCCCUGCGUCCAGCAUGGGAGAGGUGCACUCCCCCGGUGAGCACUCAGGCUCUCAGGGCCCCCCCACUCCUCCCACCACCCCAAAGACUGAUGUCAGCUCAGGCAAGAUGGACCUAAAGCGUGAGGGGGGGCUUCGCUCUCUGCCGGACGGUCCCACCGGGCGCCAGCUCAACAUCGACUUUCGUGACGUAGACAUCGGUGAGUUAAGCAGUGAUGUCAUCUCCCACAUCGAGACCUUCGACGUCAACGAGUUUGACCAGUACCUCCCGCCUAACGGUCACCCGGGCUCCGCCGCCGUCCCCGGCAACGCCACGCCCGUCAGCUACACAGGCAGCUACAGCAUCAGCAGCGGGGCCCCGGUCAGCCCCCAGGCGGGAGGGGCCUGGAUGGCGAAGAGCCAGAGCCAGCAGGGCCAGCAGCAGCAGCAGCAGCAGCACACUCUGACCACCCUGGGCGGCAGCGGCGGCGGCGGCUCAGAGGCGGCUCAGGCUCAACACAGAACCCAGAUCAAGACGGAGCAGCUGAGUCCGAGCCACUACAGCGAGCAGCAGCAGGGCUCCCCCCAGCACAUCGCCUACAGCCCCUUUAACCUGCAGCACUACAGCCCCCCCCCCUCCUCCUACCCGGCCAUCUCCAGAGCGCAGCAGUACGACUACUCCGACCACCAGGGCGGCACCGGCGCCGCCUCCUACUACAGCCACGCGGGGGCGGGGCAGGGCUCCGGCCUCUACUCGACUUUCAGCUACAUGAGCAGCCCCAGCCAGAGGCCCAUGUACACCCCCAUCGCCGACAACACCGGGGUCCCCUCCAUCCCCCAGAGCAGCCCACAGCACUGGGAGCAGGCGCCGGUUUACACCCAGCUCACCAGACCCUGAAGCCCCCACCCACCGGACUGACAGACUGACACACAACAACAAUGACACACACAUUACACACAAACACACACUACAGCUGGACCACAGUACGUGUUCACAUCAGAUCUGAAUAAUGAUCACGACUUUUCCUCCAGAAGAAUUAAGACACAAACACACCUGUCCAUCCUCAGUUUUGUGGUUUCGUUCUUAUUUUUAUCUAAUUUAACACAAGUACAACCUGAGUUCUACAUUAUAAUAACAUUAAACACUCGUCUUAUGGCAAACACCUUGAAAAACCUUGAAAGUGAACAGGUUUAUCUGCACAAUAAACUCUAAACACAAAACAAAUGAACAUAUCAUGAUAAAUGAUCACCUUAACCCUGAUGCACACACACAAUCCAAAACUCUUUACUGAGGGGGGGGGGGUCGCCUCCAGAACCUGCUCCCUGAAUCAGACUUGAAUUCAAAGAAGAAGAAGAGGAAGAGGAGAGCUGGACUUGUGAUUGGCUCACAUCGUGCCUUUGCUAUUGUGUCAUGAUAGAAACUAUAUAAAUAUAUAUAUAUUUUUAGAGAGAUGAACAGACUUAUGAAAAUCCUCUGUGAGGACUUAUUGAUUGUUGAUAUUUCAGUAGGUACUGUGUAUGUUUCUGUUUUGUUUUUUUCUCCAUACGCUGGCAGUUUGUAACCCACGAUCAUGGUUUGCGGGGGAGGGGGGGGGGGUAAUUAUUUGUACCUGUAGAUAUAAAAUUCAAAGCUUUAUAUUUGAUCCGGUUCAGCCGCUCAUGGUGGUGCAGGAUCUGGGCCACGACCUUUAUGUGCUUUAUCCAGGAUUUCAGUUUGUUUUUUUCUUUUUAAUUUUUUUUUUGCCAGUUCCAUUCUGCAAAUAUGGUUUGUAUUUAAACUCUUCUGACUGUUUUUUGUUUUGUUUUUUUUAAAGUUAUGUGUCACAAUCUUUUGUAAAAGCUAUUAGGCAAUAACGGAGAAAGAGUCUCCGUUUCACAACUGUCUCGAUGGGGCAGUCUGUCGUCCCUUUUCACCAUCCGUGCCUUGGAUUUUCCUGAUCAUUUGCGUGUGUGUAUUUGUAAGUGUGUGUAUGUGUGUGUGUGUGUGUGUGUGUGUGUGUGCACAACGGCCACAGCUGAGAUUACACUUAACGUCCAACAGCGUGUCUUUGACAGCUACAGGAAGUCACCCUUGACCCUGGGGUGCCCCCUGCAGUCUCCCACCGUGACGGUCUCCAAUAAGCCUCCGCAUGUCUUUUUCCCCUCGGCCAAAUCCCAUUUUGAAAACUUUAUUUAUUUAUUAGCUUUAAUUUUAUUUUUAAAUAAUUAUUUUUUUUGCAUACUAUUCUUGUAACUAAUGAAUUGUCCUCUUUACAUUGUAGAACAGCAUAGAAUUUUCCCUUUUUUUUAAGUUUUCAACCCAGGGGGUACUUAGACAAAAGGUACACGCUGUAAUCGUCUUUUUUGAUUUAUUUAUCUUAUAUAAAUGUCUAUUUUAUGUAUGUAUUUGCCUUGUUUUGAGGGGGGGUUUUUUUGGGGGGGGGGUUUAUCUAACAACGUGUAUUGAUUAUAUGUUAUUUGUGAAUUACAGCUGAAAACUGGAAAAUGUUAUCUCAGUUUCAAGUUUUUGAACAGGUUUUCUCUGAGGGACCAUCCAUCCUUCCUUUCUCUGCAAACUUUUCUUUUCCUUCAGUAUAAAAAAUGUUUCCAAUACAGUUUUUUUCUUCUGCAAUGUAUUUGUACUGUCUUUAAAACAUCUUUUGUAUAUGUAUUUGCAAUAAAAAAGGAAAAGGUUAU